GCACAAGGAAAAAACAUUGCCAAUUCUGUAUGAGUCCUGUACAAGUGAAUAAGAAUGGUUCAUCCUUUGAAGAAUUGAAGACUAAACUUACACCAGGACAAAAAUAUAUAAUUAGAGACAGAUGGUCAAAGGGAGUUGAAGGAAUUCCUAAGCCAUCUACGUGUUUGGUGUAUAGAGGAGCCUCAUAUUCAGAAUAUGUAUCAUGCAAUAAUUCUUUCAAUGAUGGAUGCAAUGAAUCUGAUGGUCAUCCUCCUUUCAAAGUUAUCAUUUACAUUGAGGAAAACAAUAUCGAAGGUACUACUACAUAUACAUCUGUCGUAUCCUCUCACGUGACCAUUGGAGAUAAAAACGGUAUACAUAUACUGACUUUGCUUCUUUGAGAUCCU